AUGGAAGUAAUCUCAGAACCAAAAUCUCCGAUUGAAAAAACAAAACCCAGUAAAGAAGUGAAAUCUAAGCCACGGCAAUCACCAAGGAAGCCAAAAAAAAGACCACGUCCUGUAAGGACACGAAAACCUCCAAGACUAACAAAACGUAAACGAACUUCGAGAAGAUCGCAUAAAAAUGACGUUGAUGAAUCGGAUGCCCAUCUGUCAUCGGCAUCUUCUUCACCCCCAACUCCACCACCAGAAAGAGAGCAAGAAUCUCACGAUGAAGAAGAUAUUCAACAUGAGGAGGAGAAAAAAACAUCAGAUAACGAUGAAUUGGUUGAGGAAAGCAUAAGAGUUAAAAACCCUGAAGAAGUUGCAGUUGAAAUUGAGAAGAAAAAUGGCAUUAUUGCUGAUGACGAUGAUAAUGAUAAUCACAACACUAUUAUUAAAUACAAUCGCAUGAGUACAGAGGCUUGGUUGCAAUUACUUAUCGAGAUAUUCAAGACUACAAAAAAGCAAAAAACAAUUCGUGAACUUGCAACUCUGAUAAAAGACAGAUAUCCUGUGUUUAAGAAGGCACCACCUGUUUGGGAAUCUGAUUUUGCUGAAGUUCUGGAAUCUAAUCCGCAAUUCCAAAAUAUGGGCCGAGGUAGAUGGUGUAUUGCGCAUGAAGAAAAUGAUGAAGCAGUAAGAAGAGAGGGCAAAAGGGAAGAAAGGAACACUUUUGCUAAAGAUAUUCGUCUGGAAGAACGUGAUGAAAUUCACGGAACAUCUUCAACUGAAGAAGAAGAUUGGAGAUCAUUAGGACCACAAAAGUUAAUUUCUUCAAAGAGACGAAGACAUUCGGUUGCUGGUGGUCCAAUAAGACGAAACUCUAUCUCAACUCAACGAAAAUCCCGUAAAAAAACAAAAAGCGUUUCUUAUCAAUCUUCUGAAAAACCUAAUUUAAGUACUAUUACUUCAUCAGAUUAUACCUCAUCUCCCAUACCAGAGCAUCAAAAAACCACAAUAAUGGAAGUUCCCAUGACUCCAAAUACACCCAGUUUAUCCUCAAAUCUUCAACUUGGAUUCGAUCAAAUUUAUGAAACGCCAACGAGUAAUUCUAUAACGAAUGAUUCACUGUUAAGUCCUGUCACGCCCACGCCUCAAGCGCGUCGAUAUGAAUUUAUCACUGAAACAAUUAGACCGACAUCUCCCACACCUAGACCAAAGCUUCGUACGCCAAAAACAACGCCGCCACCUCCAAAUCUAAUUGCAGCAGAAUUCGAUUAUCCAUCGAGAUUUAUAAAUGAGCGAGAAAAUGAUAGGAUAGAGAAUAAUUUAUACCAACCCAAUCAAUUUCCUAUAUAUCAACAGCAUCCUUCGCGUUCACCUUCUCAUCCCUCCCCCCAAUCAAAUAACAUCAUUUCCUUAUCAUCGAUCCCUGUAAUUCCGGAAGAACGCGCAGCUAUCGAAGCCUUAACUCUAUUGUGUCGAACUGAAGCAUCGCCUUUAUAA